CUUGAGUGCGGAUGUGAAAGGAGUGUGGUCGGGAUGACAGAUUCUGCAAGAAAUCUUCUAAUAUAACAUCGUAUUAUACAUUCUGUGGUGAAUAAUAAUGCAGUGAAAAAUUCCAGCUCAAGGUCCUGUCCAAUCGUCUGCUUGCCCUUCUGCAGUGGUUCCUUUCUGGAAGUACCGUCAUACUAGCCUCCCACGCCAGUUGCUGUGAUGGAGACCCUUAUCCCCGUGAUCAACCGGCUGCAGGAAGUCUUCCUGACCGUGGGAGCAGAGAGCAUUCAGCUGCCCCAGAUUGUGGUGGUCGGCUCCCAGAGCAGUGGCAAGAGCUCGGUUCUGGAAAGCCUGGUGGGUCGUGACUUUCUUCCUCGGGGGUCGGGCAUCGUGACGCGCCGCCCUCUGGUGCUACAGCUGGUGCACGUGCCCCCCCUGGACGAGCGGAGGAAACAGGAGAACGGAAAUGGGAUAAAGCAAAGCUCCCAAAACACCUUUCCAGGCAUCAAGGCGGAUGAGUGGGGAACCUUCCUUCACUGUAAAAGCCAGAUAUUCACCGAUUUCUCAGAAAUCUGCAAGGAGAUUGAGACGGAAACUGAUCGUGGCUCUGGCGAAAACAAGGGUAUAAGUGCUGAGCCCAUCUACCUGAAGAUAUUCUCCCCUAAUGUCCUCAACCUCACGCUGGUGGACCUGCCAGGAAUCACCAAGGUUCCUGUUGGUGACCAGCCUGAGGACAUUGAGAGCCAGGUCCAGGAGAUGAUCCUGUCCUUCAUCUCCAACCCCAACUCCCUCAUCCUGUGUGUGUCUCCAGCCAACUCCGACCUGGCCACCUCCGAAGGCCUCAAGCUGGCACGUGAGGUCGACCCAGACGGUCGCCGGACCCUGCUGGUGGUCAGUAAGCUGGAUCUGAUGGAUGCGGGCACUGAUGCCCUGGAGGUGCUACUGGGCCGCGUCAUACCCGUACGCCUGGGCAUCAUCGGUGUGGUCAACAGGAGCCAGCACGACCUGAACACCCACAAGAGCCUGGCCGACUGCUCCAAGGACGAGCAGGCCUUCCUGCAGCGCCACUACCCGUCGCUGGCCUCCCGCUGCGGCUCGCGCUACCUGGCCCGCACCCUCAGCCGCCUCCUCAUGCACCACAUCCGCGACUGCCUGCCCGAGCUCAAGACCCGCGUGACGGUCCUCAGCUCCCAGUACCAGGCUCGUCUGAGCGGCUACGGCCAGCCCGUGGAGGACCACAGCGCCACACUGCUGCAGAUCGUCACCAAGUUUGCGUCGGAUUAUUGCAAUACGAUUGAGGGGACGGCGAGAUACAUCCAGACCUCUGAGCUGUGUGGCGGUGCUCGUAUCUGCUAUAUCUUCCACGAGACGUUUGGCCGUACGCUGCAGUCCAUCGACCCACUGGGAGGACUCACAGACCUUGACAUCCUCACAGCUAUACGCAACGCCACGGGUCCGCGGCCAGCUCUGUUUGUGCCAGAGGUGUCGUUUGAGCUGCUGGUGAAGAGACAGAUCAAGCGUCUGGAGGAGCCCAGCCUGCGCUGUGUGGAGCUGGUACACGAGGAGAUGCAGAGGAUCAUACAACACUGCUCCUCCUUUAGCACACAGGAGCUGUUGCGGUUCCCUAAGCUUCAUGACUCCAUAGUGGAAGUGGUGACGGGACUGCUGAGGAAACGACUACCCAUCACCAACGACAUGGUCCACAACCUGGUGGCUAUCGAGCUGGCCUACAUCAACACUAAGCACCCCGAUUUCACAGACGCCGCACAGGUCUCAGCAUCCGUCAACAGCCAGCAGACGGAGCCUCUGGAUGGGGGGAAGAGAUGGAAGAGUGAAGAGGAGAAGGCAGCUGGGGAGAAAACCAAAGGCCCUGCCUCUUCAUUCGGCAGCCCAGCCAAGGCAGUCAACCUGCUAGACACGGCAGUACCCAUUGCACGUAAACUGUCGGCGCGGGAGCAGCGAGACUGUGAGGUCAUCCAGCGGCUCAUCAAGUGCUACUUCCUCAUCGUGCGCAAGAACAUCCAGGAUAGUGUGCCAAAGACGGUGAUGCACUUCCUGGUGAACCAUGUGAAGGAGCGUCUGCAGAGUGAGCUGGUGGGCCAGCUGUACAAGCAGCCGCUGCUGCAGGAGCUGCUCAUCGAGUCCCAGGACACCGCCCAGCAGAGGACCGAGGUCGCACAGAUGCUAGAGGCGUUGCAGAAGGCCAGCAACAUCAUCUCCGAGAUCAGGGAGACUCACCUGUGGUAGCCAAACCAGCAUCCGCAGCCGUCCAGAGUGUGUGUUUACUCAUGAAGAGAAGUGUGUGUGUGUGUGUGUGUGUGUGUGUGUGUGUGUGUGUGUGUGUGUGUGUGUGUGUGUGUGUGUGUGUGUGUGUGUGUGUGUGUGUGUGUGUGUGUGUGUGUGUGUGUGUGUGAUGAUGAUGUGUUGAUGUGCAUGCAUGUGAAUAUGUGUGUUGUACUGUAUGUAGUGAGCAUGGGUACGUGUACAUGACCAUAUCAUGCAGGUAUUUGUGUAGGGGAUCUAGGUGUGCGUGUGUGUGUGUGUG